AAGGAUGAUGAAGGAGAAGAUUCUAUGCAUGAGGAUUUUGAUUUCAAGCUGUUGAUAGACAUACAAAAUGGCUGUCCUGUGCGGUCGCUGUCGUGGUCACCAGUGACGUCGUACAAGUCCUACGAACAGCCAGACACAAUCAGAAUUGCAGCAGCUGGAAGUGACAACAGAAUAAAAAUAUUCACAACAGAUCUGGUGGAAGGAACAGAGGCAGAGGUACUUGAAGGUCAUUCAGAUUUUAUCAAUGCCCUCACAUACAACCCAGAAAAUGGAGACAUUCUGGCCUCAACAGGAGAUGAUUACACGUGUAGGUUAUGGGGGAAUGAUGGUAGUCAACAGGCAUGCUUCCAGCUCAGUGCCCCAGGCAUGUCAGUCUGCAUCCAUGAAAAAGAAUCUGGGAAGGUGGUGGUGGCCCAGAAGAAUGGGAUCAUUAAGAUGUUUAGCCUUGACCUUCAGCACCAGAUCAGUUCCUGUGACUGUGGGAUCUCCCCCCUGAUGGGGAUAGACUGGUGUAGAGAUGACGAGGACAUCAUAGGAGCUGUAGCCGGCACAGAAUGGCUGGUAUUCCAGUUAUCAAGGUCAAGUCAGCCCUUGGAGAGAAGACAGGCCCACACAGAUGGCGUUAGAGACAUCAAGUGGUGUAGGAGUCAGCCUAAUCUACUGGCUACAUCAGGCCGCCCAGGGAGACAAAUCAAAGUGUUCAAUACAAGGCAUCACCAGGUUCCUCUGAACACUUCGUUAAAAGUAUCAUAUGGGAUGAGUUGGCAUGCUCAGUUACCAGUGUUAGCAGUAGGGGGAGAUUCACAGGUACAUCUGUACUACAUAGAGCCAGCCAGACAACAGACUUGAUACUGUCAGGGGAUGCUAUCAUUGACACUGUUACAGGAAACUUU